CCGAGGCUCAACAGAUGACUCAAAAACACCAACAACAAAUCCGGCGGUCGCAGGAUCUCCUGCCGGAACGCAAGACGGAGAGCCAAAGAAAGAAAACGCGAAUGGCUGGGGAUCUCUACGCGCUGGACUUCGACGGAGUCCUCUGCGAUAGCUGCGGCGAGAGCUCCCUCUCCGCCGUCAAGGCUGCUAAAAUUAGGUGGCCGUCUCUAUUUGAUGGAGUGGACUCGAGCUUGGAAGAAUGGAUCGUCGAUCAAAUGCACAUCCUUCGUCCUGUGGUCGAAACAGGAUAUGAAAACUUACUGCUGGUUAGGUUGCUAUUGGAACUUCAAAUGCCAUCCAUACGAAAAUCAUCGGUUGCAGAUGGACUCACUAUUGAAGCGAUAUUAAAUAACUGGUCGCAACUGAAGCCUAUCAUUAUGAAGGAGUGGAAUGAAGACAGAGAUGCUUUGAUAGAUCUUUUUGGAAGAGUAAGGGACAAUUGGAUGCAGACUGAUCUAUCAGGAUGGAUUGGUGCGAACAGAUUUUACCCAGGUACAGGAGAUGCUUUGAGAUUUGCAAGCUCUCAAGUUUAUAUUGUCACGACCAAACAGAGCAGAUUCGCUGAUGCAUUAUUGCGAGAACUGGCCGGAGUAACUAUUCCUUCUGAAAAGAUAUAUGGAUUAGGGACUGGGCCAAAGGUAGAAGUGCUUAAGAAGCUUCAAGCAAUGCCAGAACAUGAAGGUUUGACACUUCACUUCGUUGAAGAUCGCCUUGCAACUCUGAAGAAUGUUAUCAAAGAACCUGCAUUAGACCGGUGGAAUUUGUACCUCGGGAGAUGGGGAUACAACACAGAGAAAGAGAGGGAGGAAGCUCAAAGCUUUUCAAGGAUUCACAUGCUAGACCUCCCUGACUUCUGCAAGAAACUUAAAUAGCUUCUAUCUAUUUUUGCUUCAAACUGGCAAAUCAUUUCCGUGACUUGACUCAGCCAUCACACUAUGAGCUGUCAAUGAUUUAUUUGUCCAGCACUCCAUGCGGAAAGUUAUAUUCAGUUUAUCUUCUUUGGAUUCAUAUUUAGAGAUUAUACCCUAGACUUCACCCAAUUAUCAGCUGCUGUUUUCUUGCAGAUCUUUAUGGCACUUUUACUAGCCUCUUGUAUGAUUUAAGAGCCCUCCCUCAAGGGACUGGGGCAGCUUCCAUGACACUUUAUAUAAGUGCUCUGAUACUUGUAGCAAGUACUGUUAAUAUUGGCAUAUCACUAUUUAAAGAUACAGCAGCAGCUAGUACCAAAA